AUGAAUGAUGAUGAAGAUGAUGCAAGUGACAAGGAUGGCAAUGAUACUGAUGAAUAUGAUGAUGAUGACGAAGAUGAUGACGAAGAUGAUAAGGAUGAUGACAAGGAUAAGGACGUUAGCCAUGAUGAAGUUGAUGACAUCCCCCUUGUACUUGAGCCGCCGUCAACAAGAGGCGUUGGCAGUCCCCUUCAAGUAUUGCCCACCUCAAAACUGGACGAAAGCAGUGCUCAGAGUUCAAAGAUUGUGGUUCUGCUUGCCUUGAUUCUGGGCGGUACCCUGGUCUCCAUUGUCAUCCUGUUCUGCUGUGGCAGCUGCUUGAAGACAGCAUCUGACUGA